AUGUAUGAUGAAGACGAGAAUAUCGAGACCGUUCAAAUAAUCGAAGUGAAGAUUCGCCGAACAGUGUCUGCUGAUUCAUCGGGUUUCCUGAGCGCAAAGUACCAGCUGAAGGAGAAUAUCCGAACGACGAAGCUUAUGUUCACAACAGUCAUCGUGAACACUGUGAUUGCACUGUACACCCUGCUCGUUUUUCUGUACCGCGCGGUCGAUAUCGCCGCUGAAGGACCCACCAGAAUUCCAUGUGCCAAUCGUAUCAAUUAUAUUUGCGAUGCUGUUUACUUGGCUUUCACCACAGUCUCGCUCUUCGAUCCGCCAAGUGCUGCAGCGUUCUCGAUGUUUCGCGCUGGCAAUAAAGCAACAGUGCAAGAUCGAGCCCGACCAAGAACAACGCAUACACUUUCAUAA